UCGUCUCCUCUUCUCUCUUUGCUCCUCCUCCUCUUUAAAGCCUCCCCGUCUCCGCCUCCGCCUCCGCCCCGAACCACCACCACCACCACCACCACCACCGCGUCUCGAGGUCGUCGUCGUCAACGUCGCGUGGGGCGGCGCUGCCUCGUCCCUGCGCGUCCGGAAUCACGCCGCGCGGGGGUGGUGGCUGUGGGGGCUCUCUCCUGUCCGUGCGCGUGGUCCAGAUUCUGCCGUCUGCUCCGCGGGGGAGGGGGGGAGGCGUGGGGUUCUUGGCGGUUGGCGCGAGGGGAGAUUGGGGGGGGGAGCUCGGGAGGAGGGCGGCGUCGGCGGCGGUGGCGGCUUCGCGUGCGUGCAUGGACAUGGACAUGGAGGCGGCUAAGAUGGAGUCACUUGAGCCAGAAGACGGUGAUGGACACCAAUCAGAUGCUACAGAUGACGACUUACCACCACGUAUAUGCACUGGAAAAGCGUACCAAGCAGAGAUCCCUAAUCUUGCCACAGAGGAUGAGCGUCGUCAGUACAUGAGCAACACAACUGAUAGUUGCAUGGCACUUGGUUAUGAUUGCCCUAUACCAAUUAUGUGGACAUUACCAAGUGAAUUCAAUAAGAAGGAAGAGGAAAUACAAAAGCAGCAUUCUUCAGAAACCAAGGCUAUAGAAAAUAGCAGAGAUGGGGAUAGCCAAACGACCUCAAUUUGCCCAACCAGUAAUAACACAAGUGGACAGUGUUCAACAUCUCAGGAUCCGCAUCCAGAGCUACCUGAUCAGAUAGUAUCUGACAGUCAUCAAGCACACGAUGAUAAAUUGGCUCCAUGUUCCACUCAAGAAGGUCUAAACUUCACUGAUAAGGCCAUGGCAGAUCAAGGAGAAAUUGAACAGUUUAUUCCAGUGCCUAAUUCAUCCACUUCCAUUUGGAGUGAUCAGGAAGCAGAAUUAUUGCUCCUUGGCCUCUAUAUUUUUGGCAAAAAUCUGCAUGUGUUGAGCAGAUUUGUAGGUAGUAAGACUGUUGGGGAUGUGCUUUCCUACUAUUAUGGAAAGUUCUACAAAGGAGAAGCAUAUAAAAGAUGGUCAGCCUGCAGAAAAGCAAAAAUAAGGAGAUGCAUUCUUGGGGAACGCAUUUUUAUAGGUUGGCGAAGGCAGGAGCUUAUAUCUCGCCUUAAAUCUAAAAUCCCUAAAGAAGCUCAUGAUCUGUUGGAUGAGAUGUUCAAAUCUUUCAACGACAGCCAAACAUCAUUAAUGGAUUUUGUUUUUCAUCUGAAAUCUGUUGUUGGAAUAGAAGCUUUUGUUGAGGCGGUUGCGAUCGGUAAAGGGAAGGAUGAUUUGACUGGUUUUGUUUUGGACCCAUCCAAACCAAACCAAGUCCUUUCUGUUCAGCCCGGCAUGCCUGCAGGCAAAGAUUGUUCCUCUCUUGCUUCAGAAGAUAUAAUCAAAUUCUUAACGGGUGAUUUCAGAAGAAGCAAGACAAGAUCAAAUGAUCUUUUUUGGGAAGCUGUCUGGCCUCGUUUGCUUGCAAGAGGGUGGCACUCAGAGAAGCCAAAUGAUGUCAGCACAACGAAGAAUUGCCUUGUAUUCAUUGUGCCUGGUAUUCAAAGGUUUUCAAGAAGUGAACUUACAAAAGGCACUCAUUAUUUUGAUUCUGUUAGUGAUGUCCUCAAGAAAGUGGUAGCAGACCCUGUUCUUCUUGAGAUAGAGGUUGAUGGAAUGGGCAAUGGUGUUAAUGCUGAGAAAAAUGGCUUUGACACAGCCAUGAAACUGAACCAAGAUGUUCCUUUCGAUGGCUAUCACGAGCUUCCAAAGUUUACAAUAAUCGAUACUAGCUUGGUCCAAGGGGAAGAGCCCUCGCAAGUGAGGGAGCUGAGGAACUUGCCUGCUGAUGCAAAUAUUAGUUUUGGCCCUUUGCGUCAUACACAUAAUAUGGUGAGUGAUAGUUCCUCAGACGAACAUGACACAGAUGACAGAUCAUCAGAUUACAAGGAAGGCUACGCAGGAGUUACAGCUGAUGAGAAUGGCACUGAAAUGGUUUCAUCCAAGAAUGCAGACAAUGAAAGCCAAGUGGACUCUUUUCGAAAUAUGGCUGCUACAUCAUGCUCAGUUUUUCCAGUUAAUGGCCAUUCUUCUAAUGGCAAUGGUGACACAAUUGGUGCGACAAGCUUCUUUCCCCAGAAAACUAAAAUUGAAAAGCGCAAGUACUUAUCCCCAGUGACGAAGCGCAGAAGACUAACUAGCUGUAGCAAUGACCAGACCAGUCGACGCAGCUUUUCUUUCUCAAAAGGCCCCGGUUUAGAAAAAGAGAAAGUCAAGCUGCCAUCAACUUCAUCAAAACCAACUGCUAUUGAUGUUGGUGGUAGUUUUCAAUCCAAAUCACUUGCGAGCUGUUCUGGCAAGGAGAAGCCAUGUCAGCAGAUAAAGGAUGCAUCAAACUCUCAUGCCAAUGACAGAUCAAAUGAGAAGAUGAAUGUGGCAAGGCCAAAGGAGAAGCCAUCUGGGCAUAAGGUAGAUACACUGGCUUCUGUUCAUUCGAAGACCGCCGUUGAGGAUACAAAACCUGCCAAAGGAGUAGCUCAGUCUAGUGAUUUGGUGGCUAAUCAGGUUAAACUAGAAACACCGCAGGAUGAUAAGACUGUCACAAUUGCGCACGCCCCUUCAUCAGACAACCAUGGUAGCAUCCUCAAGAAUAAGGAGACUACUUCCAGUUCAAACACCGAGAUCGCUCAUGAUGCCCCGGAGGCAACAAGAGGAGGACCUGCCAACCCUCAGCCUGAUCUUCAGGCUUCUUCGCAGGCAAUGAAUCCUCGGAGGCAAGGAACCAGAGUCAGGCCUCCCACGGCAAGAGCCCUUGAAGCGGUCGCCUUUGGCCUCCUCGGAAGCGGGAAGCGCAAGGCUGACCCCACUGGCUCGAGCAGGCCUCGUCAGCGAGCUCGCAAGUCCACCAAGGAGGCAGCUUCCGUGUCCACCAGCAGCGACACCGAGAAGUCGAGCAUGCACUCUGGAGCUCGGCAAUGAGCUUUUGCCUGUCUGGUGCCCGCAGAUGACAAACGAGGAAGACACCCAUUUCGGCAUUGUGAGAGUGAUCGAUCGACACCAGCCUUGCCGAAGGAAGAAGAACAUCAGGUGACAUUGUUGGAAGCGACGGUUUAUGCAGAUAGGGAGAUAUGCAAAGGUGAGCUGCUGUAGUUUAGAGGGAGUUGCGUGUUGCUGCCAUGUGAAGGCUUUGCGUAGGUGCGGCUCUUGUACCGGGAGAGGAAAAGAACGAGAGAGGCAGUACACCGUACUUUUAGAGAAAUUCAUUCUGUGAUUAACAACAGGGUUUUCUUUUUUUAAUGUUCUCGUUGAUGAUGCACUGAUCAUCCAUGGUGGAUAUGUUAGCUUAGCUUGAUGAUGAUAGUAGGAGCAGCAAGUGGCUGUAUCCAUUUUACCGUCCUUUAACUUACCAUGCAAUGCAAUGUUGUUAUGCGACA